GAGAAACCAUGGAUCCCGGGCAGCAGCAGCCGCCGCCUCAGCCAGCCCCCCAGGGCCAAGGGCAGCCGCCCGCGCAGCCCCCCCAGGGGCAGGGCCCGCCGUCCGGGCCCGGGCAGCCGGCACCCCCGGGGUCCCAGGCGGCACCGCAGGCCCCCCCCGCCGGGCACCAGAUCGUGCACGUCCGGGGGGACUCGGAGACCGACCUGGAGGCGCUUUUCAACGCCGUCAUGAACCCCAAGACGGCCAACGUGCCCCAGACUGUGCCCAUGAGGCUCCGGAAGCUGCCUGACUCCUUCUUCAAGCCUCCAGAGCCCAAGUCCCACUCCCGACAGGCCAGUACUGAUGCAGGCACUGCAGGGGCGCUGACUCCACAGCAUGUUCGAGCUCAUUCCUCUCCAGCUUCCCUGCAGCUGGGAGCCUUAUCUCCUGGGACACUGACACCCACGGGAGUAGUCUCUGGCCCAGCAGCUACACCCACUGCUCAACACCUUAGACAGUCUUCUUUUGAGAUACCUGAUGACGUACCUCUGCCAGCGGGCUGGGAGAUGGCAAAGACAUCUUCUGGUCAGAGAUACUUCUUAAAUCACAUAGAUCAAACAACAACAUGGCAGGACCCCAGGAAGGCCAUGCUCUCCCAGAUGAACGUUACGUCCCCUACCAGUACACCAGUGCAGCAGAACAUGAUGAAUUCGGCCUCAGGUCCUCUUCCUGAUGGAUGGGAACAAGCCAUGACUCAGGAUGGAGAAAUAUACUAUAUAAACCAUAAGAACAAGACCACCUCUUGGCUAGACCCCAGGCUUGACCCUCGUUUUGGUAAAGCCAUGAACCAGAGGAUCAGUCAGAGUGCUCCAGUGAAACAGCCACCACCCCUGGCCCCCCAGAGCCCUCAGGGAGGAGUCAUGGGUGGUGGCAAUUCCAACCAGCAGCAACAGAUGCGGCUGCAGCAGUUGCAGAUGGAGAAAGAGAGACUGCGACUGAAGCAGCAAGAACUGCUUCGGCAGGUGAGGCCACAGGCAAUGCGGAAUAUCAAUCCCAGCACAGCAAAUUCUCCAAAAUGUCAGGAAUUAGCCCUCCGUAGCCAGUUACCAACACUGGAGCAGGAUGGUGGGACUCAAAAUCCAGUAUCUUCUCCUGGGAUGUCUCAGGAAUUGAGAACAAUGACGACCAAUAGCUCAGAUCCCUUUCUUAACAGUGGCACCUAUCACUCUCGAGAUGAGAGCACAGACAGCGGACUAAGCAUGAGCAGCUACAGUGUCCCUCGGACCCCAGACGACUUCUUGAACAGUGUUGAUGAAAUGGAUACAGGUGACACUAUCAACCAAAGCACCCUACCCUCACAGCAGAAUCGUUUCCCAGACUAUCUUGAAGCCAUUCCUGGGACAAAUGUGGACCUUGGAACACUGGAAGGAGAUGGAAUGAACAUAGAAGGAGAGGAGUUGAUGCCAAGUCUACAAGAAGCUUUGAGUUCUGACAUCCUUAAUGACAUGGAGUCUGUUUUGGCCGCCACCAAGCUAGAUAAAGAAAGCUUUCUUACAUGGUUAUAGAGCUCUCAGGUAGACUGAAUUCUAAAUCUGUGAAGGAUCUAAGGAGCUAUACCUGAAAUUUCCAAAUAAGCCGGUUGUGAUCUUCUGGCUAAUACAGAAAAAGAUGAACAAACGUCCAGCAAGAUUCUUUCAUCCACUAUUUUGCUCUUCCUUGUCCAUUGCUGCUGUUAAUAUAUUGCUGACCUCUUCCAUAUUUGGCUCUAAAGAAUCAAAAAAAACUUUUUUUGUUUCUUUUGCUAUUAUAACUACUGUUUGUUUUGGGGGCUGGGGGAAGUGAGCCUGUUUGGAUGAUGGAUGCCAUUCCUUUUGCCCAGUUAGACGUUCACCAAUCAUUUUAACUAACUACUCAGACUUGGAAGUCAAAUGCUUCACGUCACAGCAUUUAGUUUGUUCAAGCAAUUGUUUCUUCAGCUGCCUUUGGCCAGUGGAAAAACAUGACUUUCUGGUCUGACAAGCCAAAAAUGUUGUAUCUGAUAUUAAGUACUUAUGCUGAUUUGAAGAGAUAGCUGAAACCAAGGCUGAAGACUGUUUUACUUUCAGUGGGUUUUUUUUCCUCCUAGUGCUAUCAUUAGUCACAUAGUGACCUUGAUUUUAUUUUAGGAGCUUAUAAGGCUUGAGAUAAUUUCCAUAGAAAUAUAUUAAUUAUUGCCACAUACUCUAGUAUAGGUUUUGGUGGGUUUUAUUGUGGUUUUUUUUUUGUUGGUGGUGGUG